GAUAUGCUCCAAAAUGCAAUUACAGGGAGCUGUUCGAAUUUUACGCAUGUGACUAUGUGAGUGGGUAAGAUAUGAAAGCAAGACGCCGGAGUCUGCCUGACCCUUUUCUUGAGAUCUAGCUCCUCAACUGGCACAGACGGGGAUGCGGAGAAGAAGGGUCAACGGAGCUAGGUGGUAUUGCUGACUUUAUAAAAGAAUAUUUAACCAGCGUGAAAAUGCACUUUUUGCAUGCCGCGUUGCAUUACUAAAUAGCAUUUCGAUGCUGGUUGGUUAUGUUUUUUUGGUGAUCUCGCUUUCCUUUUCGUAAAGAAGCGCGUGUAUUCCAAAGAUGUAUUGUAAACGCGUUGCUUUUUUCUGUCUGUAUGGAUCAUUUUAUUAGAUAAAGAGUAUGUCUAAAAAGGUCAACGCGUUCUGCAUCCGGACGGAUAUUAUACAUGGAUAACCUUGUUAUUUCAUUACACAGAGAUUUUUUUCCACAAGUCACUGGGUGGAAUAGAGAAAUAUAGAGAAAUGUGUUUGCGCGGUGCCGGCUUUCAGCGAUUUUAUUUGGAUGGAGUUUAAUGAAUGUUUAGUUUUGGCAGUUGUUAUUGUUUUAAGGUCAGCUAGAUAAAACGAAUUUUCUAUUUUUGAUAUUCGUUUCUGGAUAAGUUCAACUGGAUGCGUAAGAUAAUGGGACACUAUCAUCAAAACUAUGCUUGCUGUUCAUGCUACAGCAACCCACGUGAUAACAUGAUUGGUGGUGUUCCUGGGGAGUGGAGAGAAUGAGGAUCCCCGGUUCCCAGUGGAGGUGCCAUCCAGCAGCACAGUGUCAGUGCUGACCUGCUCUCUCUCACUGAUGGCUCUAUGGGAGUUCCUUACACUGAGCAUCCACUGCUGGAUUGCGGUUGCUGCCAGCCUCCCUGAUCAAAGGGCCAGGGGGCCCCUGGACUGGCUCCUCUCUGAUAAGGGCCCCUUCCACCACUCUCAGGAGUACACCGACUUUGUGGAAAGGAACCGACAAGGCUUCUCUACCAGAUACAAAAUAUACAGAGAGUUUGGGAGAUGGAAAGUGAAUAACUUGGCUGUGGAGCAGAGAGACUUCCUGGACUUCCCUUUACCCCUCACUCCAGAAUUUUUCCGCAACAUACGACUUAUUGGACGACGGCCAACCACCCAGCUGAUUACUGAAAACCUUAUUAAAAAAUAUGGGACUCAUUUCUUGCUGUCAGCAACACUUGGAGGAGAAGAGGCCUUAACUAUAUUUGUGGACAAAAGAAAGCUGAGUUUAAAAACAGACGGGAGUGACUACUCCAACAGUAGCACUUCCGUUACAUUGGAGACGCUCCACCAGCUGGCGGCCUCCUACUUCAUUGACAGAGAGAGCACGCUGCGCAAGCUGCACCACCUCCAGAUAGCCUCCACUGCCAUCAAGGUAACAGAAACAAGAACUGGCCCGCUUGGUUGCAGUAAUUAUGACAACCUUGACUCUGUUAGUUCGGUACUGGUACAAAGUUCUGAAAAUAAAGUUCAUUUACAAGGUCUGCAGGUUAUUUUGCCAGACUACUUGAGAGCCCGCUUUGUACAAGCUGCUCUCAGUUACAUUGCCUGCAAUGGUGAGGGUGACUUUGUAUGCAAAAAUAAUGAUUGCUGGUGCAAGUGCAGUCACAGGUUCCCAGAAUGCAACUGCCCUUAUAUGGAUAUUCAAGCAAUGGAGGAAAGCUUACUUCGGAUUACUGAGAGCUGGAGCAUACUUUAUAAAGAAUUUGAAGAUUCAGAUGAAUUUAAAAUGUUCCUGGCCAGACUCCCACAAAAUUAUUUCCUAAACAUCUCAACUAUACAGAAGCUGUGGUCAAUGGACAGUGUAUUUCAGCGCCGCUAUGGGCAGAUGGAGAGCAGCAUCAAUGGGCUGUUUGGAAGGGCUCAACGAGUGGUGUACAAACUCUUCAGUCUGAGCAAGAGGUGUCAGAAACAGCCACAAAUUGCAUUACCCAGGAAAAGGCUGCGGACAUACUGGUUAAACUACUUCCAGUCUUUACUGUACUGCUCAGAGAACAACCAGCUUGGUUCAUUUUCUGAGGAGACACACAGUUGCAUCUGCGCAUAUGAACAGAACUGCCAGCAUCCCAUGCCCUGCUCCAUAGGGGAAGCACAGGCCUGUGGUACAUGUGCUCCCGACAACCUCACCCGCUGUGGAAGCUGCAACUCCGGCUACAUGCUGAGCCAAGGAACCUGCAAACCCAUGGUUGCAGACUCCACUGAAAACUACCUGGGCUUUGAAACAGACUUGCAGGACCUUGAGCUGAGAUAUCUGCUGCAAAGAGCAGACAGGAGGCUUGAGGUCCACGCCAUUUUCAUUAGCAACGACAUGCGCCUCAACAGUUGGUUUGACCCUUCCUGGAGGAAACGCAUGCUACUCACUUUAAAGAGCAACAAGUACAAGUCAAAUCUUGUACAUAUGUUACUGGGUAUAUCCCUCCAGGUAUGCCUAACGAAAAACAGCACACUAGAGCCAGUACUAACAUUGUACAUCAACCCUUUUGGUGGAAGUCACUCAGAGAGCUGGUAUAUACCUGUAAGUGAGAACAAUUUUCCUGACUGGCAGCCGACUAAGCUUGACCUUCCCCUGGAGUGCUUCAACUGGACCUUGACCCUAGGUAACAAGUGGAAAACCUUUUUUGAAACCAUUCACAUCUACUUGAGGAGCCGUGUCAGGGCUCAGAGCAGUAGCGGGAACGACAGCUCAUACUAUGAGCCACUGGAGAUCAUUGAACCCUCCAGGAACUUGGGCUACAUGAAAAUAAACAGCAUCCAGGUGUUUGGCUACAGCAUGCACUUUGACACUGAGGCCAUUCGAGAUCUCAUUCUGCAGCUGGAUUAUCCCUACACACAGGGGUCCCAGGACUCUGCACUGCUGCAGCUGCUGGAGAUCCGUGACCGGGUGAACCGCCUCUCACCAACAGGUACACAGAGGUUGGACCUCUUUGCCUGCCUUCUCCGGCACAGACUCAAACUAACAGCCAGUGAGGUAGCCCGGAUCCAUUCCUCUCUGCAGGCAUUCAGCAGGCGCCUGCCCAACUCUCUGGAUUAUGAGACCACUAAACUAUGUAGCUAACACUGACACAAGUACAGUAUGCUUAAAGAGGCCAUUUGUGAUACCUGUUAAACAUUUAAAUAUUUAUUAUAUACAUUGAGCUGGUGAGGAACCUCUUUGCCUGUGGCCAAAAAAAGAUAAAAGACAAAUGUAAGAAAUCAGUUAUAUGAACUUGUUCAAAAGAAAAUGUUUAUUUGUAUGCACUCUGAGCAAAUUAAGGUGAGAGGGGACUUACAUUGUACAAGUAUAUUUGUUUUUAAAAGUUGUUUUUACAAGUUCUGUUGCUUCAGUGACAGUGCAGUUUCCAUACUUGAAAGACUAGUGAUGUCAGUACAUUUUGUAGAUGAAUUGUUAUUAAAGUAUGAUAUUAUAUGUAUUGUGAAA